AUGUUCCAGCAAUAUUCUAUACGUGAAAUGAUUGACAAAUAUAGUGCCAAAAAUAUCGCCGAAUCUACAAAUGCACAUGAGUUGUAUUUACAACCAUAUACUACCACAUGUAUUGAAUGUCAAACAUCAUUGAAACCUGUAUAUGUUCAUCGUUCAAAAACAGUGAUGUCAUUGACACGAACAUAUAAAGCUCACUUUGACCAAAACUUAAUCCAAAAUACAGUAUCCUUUGAAGGAUAUACCAACGCUUAUAAUUCAAAAAUUAAAUUAAUCAACAAGAGAUUAGGACAUAAUGCGGCCGCUGGAGAUGGCAGUUGUAUUUCAGUUUUGAAUGAAAAAAAUUUCCAGAUGGUAUGGCUUUUCAUCAAUAUCGCAAAAUUUAAAUUUAUGACAACAAAUGAAAAGAUUGUUCAAAUACCAAUGUCUGUACGUGAUAUUGACGAAUGUAAUCCAUAUUUCUUGUUAAUUAAAAAUGAUCUAUAUAAAACUUUUGUUGGUUUUUGGACAAACCACCAACGUUUUACGAAAAAAUGCGAUCCCGAAACGUGCUCAAAAAUUUUUGUCGUCGAUGGUCAUCAAAAAGCCAAUAGACUGAUGGGUUGUUUGCACUCACCGUUGAGGAAAGAACCUGGUGUCGAUCGCAGAUAUUGCCAACAUCAUCAACCAGCAAUACUAGAGGCAAAUGCUCGAACGACUAAUGCGGCAUUCGAGAUCAUCAAAAAAGAUAAAGAACAGGCACUGAACAAAUUGGCUCUAAGUGAUUAUAUAAAUAAUGAUAGCCAAUAUGAUGACAGGCUUUGCAAUGUGUUUCGUUCUGGAGUAAAUAUUAAAUGUAAAAUCAGUAGUUUUGGAUUUUUAGCCACAUUCCUAAGUUGUGCUGUCAUAGUUGGAUUUACAGAACUUCCAUGUUCUGAAGGAAGUUAG